AUGGCUAUUCACAAAGUCUCUAGUGUGAUUUUCUUGGUGUUAUUAGGUUUGGGCAUUUCUGCUGCGACUAGAGCUCUCUUGACUGUUGAAGAGGGCUACAUUCAUGGUGGUUUAGAAGGAGGAGGUGGUGGUGGAGGAGGAGGUAGUGGCGGUGGAGGAGGUGGUGGUUAUGGGGGAGGAGAACAUGGGGGUGGAUACGGAGGUGGAUCUGGAGCUGGUGAAGGUGGUGGUGCAGGAUAUGGCGGUGGGGCUGCUGGAGGUGGAGGCGGUGGUGGUGGUAGUGGAGGAGGUAGUGGAGGAGGAGGAGGAGCACACGGUGGGGGCUAUGGGGGAGGAGAAGGAGCUGGGAGUGGUGCCGGUGGUGGAUAUGCAGGUGGUGCUGGAGGAGCUGGUGGUGGAGGUGGGCAUGGUGGCGGUGGCGGAGGAGGAGGAGGAUCCGGUGCUGGUGCUGGGGGAGCAGGAGGGAGCGGAUAUGGUAGUGGCGGUGGCGCCGGAGGGGGUGCUGGAGGAGCACAUGGUGGACAUGCCGGAGGAGGUGGAGGUGGUGGUGGCUCAGGAGGUGGAGGUGGAGGCGGUGGUGGUACCGAUCAGCAUGGUGGUGCUGGAUAUGGAAGUGGCAGUGGAAGUGGUGAAGGCGGUGGUCAUGGUGGCUAUAUCCCUUGA